UUUGUGCAAGCCUCUUGACAGCAGGCCUGUCUCGCGAGACCCGCCCCCGCGCGAAGCUGCCAGAGAGCCCGCCUUCGGCUGCCGGGCCAAUGCAGCGCGGGGGCGGGGAUUGUUUGCGUCGCGGCCGGAACGGAAAGUGGGUCAGUGCGGGCGGAGCGCGUUGGCCGCAGGUGAGCCGCGGCGGCCCAGCCCGGCCAGGCCCGGCGAGCGGCGGGUUGACCUUGCAGCCGGUCAAACCGGCCACCCGUUGUUCCCUGACAGUGGCGCUCCGGAGUCUGGGCGGGGUGCUCGGAGCCAGGCGUCAGGGACAGCAUCGCCGUAGCGAGAUUCGCGAGCCUCUGGCGAGGGAAGCAACCACCAGCCCCGCGGAGGCCGAGCGUGGCCACGGCCGGGGACAUCUCUGGUUCAUUCAUUGGGUUCCUACUGUGUGCUCUUAUACGGCGCUCAGCCAGCCCAACUGUUGUGGAGUGCUGUGCGCAGCCCUGCUCGGCUUUAUUGUGGAUGGCCGGGGCGAGGUCCUCUCCACUAUGGCCCGGCGUGCACGGAGUAGCAGGGCAUGGCACUUUGUCCUGAGUGCAGCCCGCAGAGAUACAGAUGCCCGAGCUGUGGCUCUGGCAGGCAAUUCUAACUGGGGCUAUGACUCUGAUGGGCAGCAUAGCGACUCCGACUCUGACCCUGAGUACUCUUCCCUGCCACCAUCCAUCCCCAGUGCCGUGCCUGUGACAGGAGAGUCCUUCUGUGACUGUGAGGGCCAGAAUGAGGCUACCUUUUGCAACAGCCUACACACAGCACACCGAGGCAAGGACUGCCGUUGUGGUGAGGAGGAUGAGGAUUUUGAUUGGGUCUGGGAUGACCUGAACAAGUCCUCAGCCACCUUGCUGAGCUGUGAUAAUCGCAAGGUCAGCUUUCACAUGGAAUAUAGCUGUGGCACUGCAGCCAUUCGGGGCACCAAGGAGCUAGGGGAUGGCCAACACUUCUGGGAAAUCAAGAUGACUUCUCCUGUGUAUGGCACUGACAUGAUGGUGGGCAUUGGGACGUCAGAUGUCGACCUGGACAAGUACCACCACACGUUCUGCAGCCUGCUGGGCAGGGAUGAAGACAGCUGGGGACUCUCCUACACUGGGCUCCUCCACCACAAAGGUGACAAGACAAGCUUCUCUUCACGCUUUGGCCAGGGCUCUAUUAUUGGUGUGCACCUGGACACCUGGCACGGGACACUGACCUUUUUCAAGAACAGGAAGUGCAUAGGAGUGGCUGCUACUCGGCUUCAGAACAGAAGGUUCUACCCAAUGGUUUGCUCCACAGCUGCCAAAAGCAGCAUGAAAGUCAUCCGCUCCUGUGCCAGCUCCACAUCCCUGCAGUACCUGUGCUGCUAUCGCCUGCGCCAGCUGCGGCCAGAUUCAGGGGACACCCUUGAGGGCCUGCCCUUGCCACCUGGCCUCAAGCAAGUGCUGCAUAACAAACUGGGCUGGGUCCUGAGCAUGAACUGCAACCACUGGAAAGCCCCUGGGCCCCCUCCUGGCACAGCUACUCCUGGUGCCGAGAGUCUUGAGACCAGGCCCUGUCAGAGGAAGCGCUGCCGCAGAAGCUGACUUCUCCCCUGGAGUGCAGAGAUCUUUCUCUUUCUCGCCCUUCCAGGGCAGGAGAGGAAGAACUGAGGUCUAGACUUUUCUCUAUGUCCCUGAGGCCAGGACAGUCUUCUCCAUUGGCCAUGGGGUGGAGGCUGUACCUGUGCUGGUAGGGAGGCAGUACUCCUGCCUGCCUGUCCUUUGAGUGACCACAUGUCUUGGGAACUGCAGCCAGGCACUGUGGACCUAAAUUCCAAGCCCAGGAGGCUAGAUGAUGAAGGGGAGUGCAUUCAUAUCCCUGGGAAAAGAUGGGCUGCCCUGACCCACAGGGCUGUGGGGUUUUCCUGACUUGCAUUGCAUGUUGUCAGCUCCUGCUGCAGAGAUGUCAGUGGGUGCCCUGUAAAGGGUUUUUGUCUCAUCCCCAUAGGUUAUAUCAUUAAAAGAGCCUUCA